AUGGGUAUAGAAGAUCAGAAGGAGGAGCGAGAAGUCCUCGAGUCGAUUUUUCCGGACGAGAUUACAGACCUCUCUGACACGUCAUACCGGAUAUCCAUAACGCUGGACCUACCCAGCGAGGGACACGGUGAAGACCCCGACCCUCCAGUCCUCUUACUCAACGUCACCUAUCCCGAAGCCUACCCAGAUGUCGGUCCUCAUCUGGACAUUACGUCGCCUCCCAAUGCGCCAAAGCAUCCGCAACUCGACGUCGCCGUGGACAAGGCACGACUCCUCGACGCUCUGCAGCCCACGAUAGAGGACUCGCUGGGCAUGGCCAUGGUGUUUACGCUGGUCACCACUCUCAAAGAGGCCGCGGAGGUGUUGAUCUCCGACCGGAUACGGCAGGCCGAGGAAGUCAAGGAGAUUGAGAUCCGGGAGAAGGAAGAGGCGGAGAACCGCAAAUUUCACGGCACCUUGGUCAACAGGGACAGGUUUCUGGAGUGGCGGGACAAGUUUCGCAAGGAGUUGGAGGAGAAGGAGCGCCGGGCGAAGGAGGAAGAGGAGGCCGAGGACAAGAAGAAGAAGGGAGGGAAGGUCGAGGAGAAGAGACUGACGGGGAAGCAGCUCUGGGAGAGGGGUCUGGUUGGGAAAGGUGACGAUGAGGACGUUGACGGAGAGGAUGCCGUUUCCGCGGUGGAAAAGCUCAAAGUGGACGACUGA